CUCGUAAUUUCGCAAUUAUAAAUAAUUGUUCCCUCAGUAAAACAUGCAUAUUAACGGUUUUGUCUGUUCAGUUUGAUUUAGAUCGUGCUUGCAGCACAAUUGUGCAUGCGAGUGUUAUUUCAGUUGGUACAUACGCGGAUAAUCAUGACUUGGUUAUUAAUGAGAAGCAAAAGGUGGCUUUGGACAGGUUUCGAGAACUUAUGCGGCCGCAAUUAUCGCUGGAUUAUAUGAAGAAAGAUAUUUAUCUGAUUCGCUGGUUGAGGGCAACCAGGUUCGACAUAAAAGCAGCGGAAAAAAUGCUGACGGAGAAUUUAGAAUGGAGGAAGGAGAACGAUAUGGAAAAUAUUCUAAAUGAGGAUUGGAGUGAUUUUGAAUCAAAUUAUCCCAUCGAAUUGCAAGGCUGUGAUAAAGAGGGACGACCUGUCUCGAGUGGAAACGCUGAUGAUUGGGAUGUGCGAGGUGUCACCGUUUCAGGGAAAUUACACCGCGGAAUUCGUUACAUUGACCGCGUGAUUGAAGAAGCCUCGGCAAUUGUGCGGGCAAUGCAAGAAAACGGGGACAAUGUCACCCGUCUCGUUCAACUUAUUGACAUGCGUCAAUUCAACUUUGUUCAGCAUGGUUGUCCAGUUUGCAUCACGCUGUACGUUUAUGCUAUUCAAACGUAUCGGGACCACUUCCCCGGUACCGUACACAAGGUUAUCAUGCUAAAUGUUCCGUCCUAUUUCCUCUCCAUUUGGCGACUGAUACGACACUUGCUACCGGAGGAGGAACGAAACCUGAUCGUCCUGCACGGUCGGGAUGAGACCACGUGGAAGAAGGCGUUAUUAAAGGAUAUCGAUUACACCGAGUUGACCACUGAGUAUGGAGGCGUUAAUAAGGACGCACCUGUCGAAAUAACGGAGGUUGCCCUUCAUCGAGCUGGUCUUUCGUGUGAGAGAUUACGUGCAAUGCGGAAGGAGAUGUCAAAAUAUAGAUUAUGAUAAUUUACAAACGAUGAAGUAGGAUUGCUGAUUUUUAAUCAGCUCCUAAUUAGUAAUUAGUAAUUACAUUUGGAGGCGUUCAUUAAUUUCAACUAAUUUGAUUUUUCAAUUAGGAAUUGGAAUUUUAAUAAUUAUAAUUAUAAUUAUAAAUUCGGUCAGAUAUUUAAUACUUCUUUUUAAAAGAUAAAUGAUAACUGUAGUAAUUAAGAAUUAAACUUGAUGUGAUUUGUUAGUAAUAUUUGGGUGGCAUUGCAAAUAAGUUAAGUAUGAAUUAAAUUAAUUUGUCUCAUUAAUAAAUUUAAGUAGACUUAUAAUAAUUAUGAAGCUACUUAAAACAAUAAUUCUGCAGACUCAGUAAAUGCAUAAAAUAAAGAAUAAUAAGUAUGUAUGUACAUACAUAACUAGUAAUGAGUCUAAAUUCUCGCAAAACUUGUGGGAAAAACAUGGUUUGUGUAGGGUACUUUAGUUGACUGAUAUUUGCAACAAUACAGAUAAAUAUUUACAAAGAAA